UUUUGGACUUUUCGUGUUCAACACAUAUUUUUUCUACUUGGCUUAACCAAUAGUGGUUUUCAAAUAAGAUAAAAUGAAUCUCCAUUUUCACACGCCAAUAGCAACACCCAACUCUUCCGCAGUAAUAAAUACUAGCAGAGACGAAGAGCUGAAAGUAAUAAACUAAAUCGUGAUAUCUUCCAACCCAUGGCUGAGCAAAAAGACGGAGAAUCCAGAGGUGAGAAAACCCUUAAGGUUUGUGGUGGUGGUGAACCAAUUAACGCCGGCGAGGAGGUUGAAGUGGCAAACAAUGGCAGGCCUAGGGUCGACCCCGUUGGUCCUAACUUGAUUGUGCAGAAACAGAGUUUAAAGGCUAACUCCUUUGUCUUUCUCUCUCUGCUGCUACUUUUCUCUAUCGCUUCUCCUAAAGUGUCAUCUGAUGAUCGUUAUUGUGAUGAUGGAUGGGAAAGUCAAUGGUUGAAAUAUGAAAGGAAGCAAGAUGAGGACAUGGUUGAAGAGGACCUUGUAUGGCAAGAGUUUGGACGGGACACAAAUAGACUGGAUUAUUUUAGAGUUGCUGCUUUUGAUGUCCAUGAAGACAAUCAUGUCAUUGGAAAUGGUAGUUAUGACUACGGUGGUGGUAGAAGGGAACAUGGUGUGGUGAUGAGGCCAAACCUAGAGCAGGAAAGAGAUGAUAACCUCAAUGACAUGACUCAACAAGUUCCUAAUGGGAUUAUUGCAAAUGAUGGUAGUGAUAGUGGUGGAUCUUUCGUCCAAAUAUGGAAACCUGAAAGCGAUGGUGGUGGUGGUGAAGUUGGUGGAGAUCUGUUGGUGGCGGGAUGGUGGGAGAAGUGGUGGGUAUGGUUGGCCUUGUGGAAAAUAGUUUGAACUUUUUUUGUCAUUCGGGAUGGAUGA